AGAUAUUGUUCCUUUCGGCAUUGUUCAAAGACAGUUUGGAUUUUCGCCAUUUGUUUUCACUUUGGCGUUGAAAAUCCGUCUCUAAACCACCAACGAUUGUUAAGAUUUGAAGAUUUUCGUCCGAAAUUGGAGCUCACAUUUCGUAAAACUCGCGCGUUUUCCGCAUUAUCACGUGUUUCCUACUCGUCACGUGAUAAGAAGAGAUGUCAUUUCUCUACCAGUGAUAUUGAAGUUGUGAUCAAACUCGACAAUGGCUGCGGUAGCGACAGGAGUGAAUAACGCGAUCUCCAACGGGCCUGAACUCGGUGAAGUGAAAAUUGAAAAAGUAGAACAGAUCAACACGAGUGAUCAGAACUUUAACUGGAAAAUUGCGACGACGGCGCCGACCUUUGUCGACGCCAACACGUUAAAUGCGACGACAAACGUAACAGAAAAUAACACAGCAUCGGAGAACAGUGUGGUAGUCUCUAAUACUCAAAUCGAUGGUUCAACUUUGAAGCUCGUUGGUUUGCCAUUGAAGACGCAAAUUAUGCCUGGACCGUACUCCGAAGUGCAACUGCCGAAAAAGGAGAAUCACGUUAAACGGCCGAUGAAUUCAUUCAUGGUUUGGGCACAAUCUGCGAGGAGAAAACUAGCCGAGCAGUAUCCUCAUGUACACAACGCUGAGCUGAGUAAAAUGCUGGGAAAACUAUGGCGAAUGCUUCCUGCGGCUGAGAAACAACCCUACGUUGACGAAGCGGCGAGAUUAGAUAAAAGGCACAAAGAGGAAUUCCCCGACUAUAAAUAUCGACCGAGAAGAAGGCAAAAAUCGAUGAAACGACCGUACGUUCAGGCACGAGUGGCAGUGACUCCGGGCUGGGCUACAAGCGGUCAAGCGCAAACUCCGAUUGCAAUGAAUGGGACGGCAACAAUCGCUACCCAGAACGGCACGUUUCCACAAGCAGUUUUACCGCAAAAUUCCCAAGUAGCUCAAGUUUUUCAGCAAGGAAUACAGCCAGUUCAAGCGGUGAAUACCGCUGGCACUGUAACUUACGCCCCAAUCGGGAGCGUGGGCUAUGUACCAACGACUCCUAUCCCGGGAGGUAGUAUGAUUUUACGACCGACUUUUGUUACUACGGCUGUAACGAACCCUACAUCCAUCCAGUCAGCAGCUACUGUAGCAGUACAGGCGGUGAGAAGUACUGUGGCAACAACAUUUCCUACUCCAAGUUAUGCCAUCCCUCUCACCCAGUACGCGGGUGCUCCAAUCAUUGUUUCGAGCGGUGUCAAUAAUUUGGUUAACGCCGCUGAAAACACAAACAAUACAUCAGAGAAAAGUUCUGAAACUGCAGCUCUAACUACUAUCACUAUCCCUGCCUCCAUAGCUGGCUCUGUGGGUACUAAUUUGGCGACUAUCGCUGCUGCUGGACUUGUGGCCGCUAACCCGGAUGGCUCAUCACAACAACCCAAGAACAAUGAAAGCCAACCCGAUGUGCAAAACAGUUCCGCUUUAACCGUAGCUGUCUCAGAAACCACAGAGACACAAACUGAACGUUCAACUGCAGAUCGUUCGCAGAGUAUUGAAGUGAAAACCGCUGAAGGCUGCCGUAUUUAAUUGGGGAAUACAAUAAUAUCUAUCGUGGAAGUCUUGGUAGGCUAUAUACAGCAUUUCUAAACUAGCGCAUCCAAAUUUUUGUUUAUUUAUUUACUUUUUAAAAUUUGUAACAUGGUAUUCGAGUUGGCCACUGCUAGCUCUGCACGCAAUUCGUAUUUUCCAAUUGUCUCGGUUUUGUCCUCGAAGUUUAGAUUUUGUACACGUGCGAUUAUACUUCCAUUGUGUACUCACAUGUUGCACAAUUACAUAAAUGGACUGCAAUUUUCAGACAUGAGCAAUUGUCUGUACAGAAUACCUUGAUUAUGUUUUGCCCAAUGUUCCUCACGUCAUCGAGUUGUCUUUUGUUCAAGGCCAUUCUUAAUAAUGUACUCGUGUUUUUUAUUGUUUGCCGUUUCUAAGCGGUGUUUCACAAUUCAAAGCAUUUUUAAUUGCUUAGAAGAUUAACAAUUUUUGCCGUGCUUUUUUCGCUCGGUCACUCAACGGUUAUUCGUUCGCUUGGUUUUUCUUCGACUAUUCAAAUUAUGCCUGCGAUUUCACACGCCUUUUCAAAACAAGGUGUGUCUUACGUUUCGAGUAAAUUCGACUCUCCAAAUUUCUGUGCAAACGUUGAGUAACAGUCCAGAUCACACAAUCGUUCAGUAGGUUUUGUUUAUGUACAGAACCACCGUUCUAGCGCGAUCAGUUUUGAGGUAUUUAUUGCCAGACGAGCAUUCAUUAUUUAUUUUACUUUACAAGCGGGACUGAUUUUCUCUGUCAAGGACGUAAAUGAACCAGCCCCAAUUGAAAGUGGUGUUGACGGCCGUCAGCGAAUGAAUAUUGUAUAUUAAAUUGUUUCCCGGUCAUUGUCCCUGGAGCACCGAAAAGAUUUGAUUGUUUUAGUUGACACAAUGCCUUGUACAUUUCAAUGGUUUGAACUCGUGCAAAUAUCUAUUUCAGAAAUGUAGUCUAUUUCAGGCUUGUAUCAAGGCGAAGUUUCUUGAUUUAGACUUUCACCUCAUUUGUACCGUAUAUAACCUCUCUUUCUCAGUCUUUUUUUUCUCAAAGUUAACCAAAGUUAAGGCUCAAGAUUAUGUUUUGUGAGCGUAUUUCUCCCAGCUUGAACAAAUUUUUAAAAGCACUUGUGACUGCUGAAGUUUCAUGUCAGAUACUGAUUACAUGGGGUGCAUUGGGCAAAAAUGAUCUGUUCUUUGUAACAUUGUAUUUGAAGCAUUUUGUAGUGACAACAAAGUGUGCUGGGUAGCCUAAUUUUGAACCUAAAAUAUGUCUGAAUAUAAAUUUCCUGUGGAAGAUACAUCCUACAUGAACCUCUAGUACAUCUGCCACAAGAAACAACAUGGAUUCACCUUGCAGAAUUAGAGUGCAGUUUUAUCAUCAAUUUCUUCUGCUGCUUUAACGUGAGGUAACGGCUGU